AUGAAUAUUAUUAACCUUUUGAAGCCCAUCCUAUCUGCCUUUAAGGAAAGAGAUAUACCGGCGUGUGUAAUUGGGGAGAUAGCGUUAAACUACUACAAUGUUCCACGAGUGGUCCAUGAUCUUGAGAUUUGUGUCCCUGAAACUUCACUGUCCGAGGCUGUAUCUAUAGCCUGCUCGACUGGCAAGUUGAAACGUGUGGAAAUAACGGAUUACGAUCUAUUCACGGAGUACAAGAGAGGAUUCCCUACGUUCGAGGCGUCAAAUAUUGGUCUUCGAUUGCUGCUUUUUCCCGAUUCCUAUUUUGGUCUUUUUCCUCUACAACAAAAUAUUAUAUCGAAUGACGAGAGAUUGUCUACUACUUGCAGCGACCAGAUCCUAGACUUGGUCCCUCGGAGCGAGAUUCAGUAUCUCCCGGUACCACGUCUGCCUGUUUUCUUCAUUGGACUCUGUUCGAGAUUUUUCGAGUCAAACGACUGUAUGGCUCGAAUCGCUGUCGAACAACUAGUGGAUGGGAUGGACCUGAAUGACGAUUGGAUCGAAAGCAAUCUUGGCGGCGCGACGCUCAAAGUGAGGGAAUUAGCCGCCCAGCUCGUUGCUGAAAAGACAUCGCGGUAUGAUGAAAAUAUGGGCCCGAAAGCGAUGAAGGAUUUAAGCUCGAUACCUGAAUCUGGGUUUUAG